AUGCUGGAGGAGGAAACCCUAUUCACUGGAAUCACAGAUGAUGAACAUGCAUAUAUCAUGCAGUUCAUUGACGAAGAUGAUGAGACUCGGGGAAAAUUCGUUUAUCACCCAGACUCGGAGACAUUCAUAGUGACUUUGCCAAGCCAGGCUCAUGAGCAACCCAUCACACAAAUCAACUUUGCUUUUCAAACAGCCAUUACAUCAAUUGGCCACGACAACACACUUGUACAAGUCCACGUGCAUGCAAAUAGCUGCUUUUUGGGUGACAGUACCCAUGCAGACCCUGAUAUUCACAUCAUCUGCACACCAUUCAUUGAUAUUGGGGUACUGAACAAGCCUAUCUCUCUCUGGAUUUUAGAGAAUUGUUUGUCCCAGACCGAAAGCGGGGGUCGAAACAAGAUACAUCGCAUCAUUGAUGACGAUGGGGGGAUCCCAUUGGCUUCACUAAUCAAUAUGAUUGAAGCACACCAAUACGCUAAUCCAGAUCCCGACAGUGAGAUUGCACAGUGUUUGCGAUCAAAGCCAGUGAUGUCUUUUGAAGAGUGGACGCCCCUGAGGACACGAUCCAACCAGUUUGGCCCUGUCAUAUCUGAGGGGCACAGCUGGGUUGAACUCUUGAAGAUUGAGUUUCAUACAUGGAUUCGCCCUGAAGACAGCCCAAUUGAUCUCGACAACGAUGACUCUUCGGUGUAUUCUAAAGGGAGUCUUUUCCCCAUCGAGAACACCCAAGAGAUGGACGCAAUGAUCAGUCAAGGCAUAGCAAGGAUACAAGACAUAAUCCUCCAUCACUUAGUCUUACUCGAUCCAGAAGGCGACCACUAUGAUGUACGCCAAUGGACUCCGCCUGCAAAGGUGAUCAGAUGGAAGGAGAUCAAGGCAUCAUUAGUAACCGCAGUGUGGGCAACUGCAUAUAACCGCUACAAGCUCUUGCACCAUAGUCUCCUGAAGCGCAAGGCAGAAGGGGCUGAUGAUAGCUCAACAAAGAAGGCACAUGUUUGA